GAUUUACAUACAAUCUGUAAUAAAAAUAUCUGAAUUUUAGAAUUAAAUCUUGUUAAAACGUUCAUUUUAAACAGUUUGGCCUAUGCAACCAAAAUGUUCAGUGGAAUCAGAAAACUUUGGGACUAUAUCUCUGAGCAAGAAGAUCAGACGGAUACAUCUAAUGAGUCUCAGCUUGUUGUUGGAAAUGGAGCUGAAGCUUGCAGCAGGAGAGAGUAUGAAGGAAAGAUAACUCAUAUAUUCAGCAGUCAUGGUCUCAUUGACAAUGAAGUAUACUUUUCAUUUGAUGAUGUUCUUGGUGGAGUAAAGCCAAAUCUGAAUGAUGUCGUAACAGUGGUCGCUGCGCAGCAUCACUCUGAAGGUGGCUGGCAUGCGGAACAAGUUAGUGUAGUCGAGAAUUGGGAAGACCAAGAUUAUGAAGUAGCAGAGGUUACACAAGCUCCUUCAGAAAUUGUCGGUCAUGUUGGUGACUUUAAUGGCAAAACUGGUUACAUAGGCAAUGUGUAUUUUGACUUAAGUGAAUGCAAAUGUGAAGAUUUUAAGCCUGCAAAGGGUGAUUUGGUAAAAGUGUGUGUUGUUUAUCCGGACGGGGACACGUUUUCUCCUGUUGCUAGUGAGAUACAAGCUUUACGUGUGAAGGAAGCAGACGGCGUGAUAUCAGGAGAGAAGGGGGACCAUGGUUAUAUUGAUGGGGAGGUGUUUUAUCUUAGUGAUGUGAUAGUUAAUGAUUAUAUACCACGGAAAUGGGAUCCUGUCCAUUACAAGGCAGUGGAAAGUUUACAAGGGCGGUCAAGUUGGAGAGCUGUAUUCAUUGAACCAUCUGAAAAACCGCAAAAAGCAAAUUGGAACCUUCUUCAAGGUCCAUUACAGCAGUCAUUCACUAAAGAGCUUCUCUCUGACAAGGAAGGAGUAUGUGUUUCCAAGGAGACAGAUUUUGGAACCAUGGCUGUUGGAAGAAAACUCACAUUGUCUGUCAUUGUUGAGAACAAAGGUACCACAGAACAGACAAUGUGUAGAUGUCAUAUGACCGCAUCUAGCUCACAGAUUAAAAUCCAAAAUAUCUCCGUGUUUAAGGCAAAUAGGGAGCUUGUCAAAACAUUUGGUUCUGGAAGUAACAUCGGAGAUUUGACACUAUGUCCAAACAUGAGUGUGAUAGUAAAGCUGGAUAUUGAUGCAAGAUAUCAGGGCCAGGAGAAGCAGUUACUGAUCUUCACCUUUGAGAAGUUUAAGAUAGGUCGCUAUAUUACUGCCAACAUUACAGACCCUGUAAUGUCCCUCAUAGAUCAUAAUCAACCAUAUACACAGGGUGGGAGACAGGGAUAUAACAGAUAUAGGGAGAAUGUAGAUAGAUCAGCAACUCCAUGGAUGAUUCCUGGGGAGAGACCGAACAGGAACAAGAAGACUGUACAGUUUCCCCACAGAUUGCCUCAUUAUAACGUACCCGAGGAUCUCCGCCAAAUCAUCCUCACUGAAGAAGAGUUACUUUACUACGCACCAGUGUUAGCUGAGGAACUGACAUAUAAAAACUACAGAGACAAGUUUAAGAUGCUGCUACACCUAGAGGAGAUACAGAUGGACAUUGAUAUCAGAGAGUUUGAUCUACACAGGGUUUGUCUAAGACAUUUCAGUGAAUAUCUGGCCCUUCCUGUGCCCGGCUUAGCUGAGGGAAGACCUUCUGUGUUAAUAGGUGAUAAGGUCAUUCUGAUUGACCCCUCUGACCCAGAUGGACCUUGCUUUGAAGGAUAUGUUCAUGAAAUUUUAAAAGAUGAAGUUCUCCUGAAGUUUAAUCCAGAUUUUCACAGGACAUAUACUGGAAAAGAUUAUAAUGUUCAAUUUACUUUUAACAGAGGCCCACUGAGGAAAUGUCACAGAGCAUCAGAAAGUGCCAAUGGUUUAGGAGAAAACAUUCUUUUUCCAACAACACUUGUACCAAAGCCUGCACGCUGUAUACUGAAACAGAAUGUCAAACCAACGGGUAAAUUUAAUACGGGGCAAGAAGUUACAUCAAGGUCUCCAUUCUUUAAUAAACAUCUGAAUGCACGGCAACGAUCUGCGGUGACUAGAAUUGUUCAGGGACAAGGGAGACCACUCCCAUACAUUCUUUUCGGACCUCCAGGUACAGGAAAGACUGUUACUGUGGUAGAAGCUAUUCUACAGAUUUUCACCAAACUUUCAUACAGUAGAAUUAUUGCAUGUACACCCUCUAACAGUGCAGCAGAUCUACUGACUCAGAGGUUACAUGAGAGUGGUUUAGUAAAGACAGGGGAUCUUGUACGACUGAAUGCUCAACAAAGGUCAGAACAGGAUUUACCAGAUAGUAUAAGACCAUACUGUUCAGUCGGAGACGAUCUAGACCUGGCAUCUAGGUACAGAAUUCUGGUGAGCACGUGUGUAACUGCUGGCACCCUGUACACUCUAGGGAUAAAAUCUGGACACUUUACACAUGUAUUUAUUGAUGAGGCUGGGCAAGCCACAGAACCAGAGGCUCUGAUUUCUUCAUGUCUUGUUUCACAUACAGAUGGACAGAUUACACUAGCUGGAGAUCCCCAGCAGUUAGGACCAGUACUGAUGUCAAAGUUCAGUAAGAUGUAUGGACUAGAGUUAUCUCUCUUGGAGAGACUUAUACAUACACCGUUAUAUGAGAGAGAUGAACAGAAGUUUGCUGACCACGGUGCUUAUGACCCCCUACUGGUAACAAAGUUGGUAGAUAAUUACCGCUCUCACAUGAGUAUAUUGACGCUACCAUCUAGAUUAUUUUAUCAUAAUGAACUAUUACCACAAGCUGAUAGAGGCCUCACACACACAUUCUGUCAGUGGUCUGAGCUGCCUACACAAGGUGUUCCCAUCAUAUUCCAUGGUGUUAGGGGAGCAGAUCUACGAGAAGGUAACAGCCCAUCUUGGUUUAAUGCCAUGGAAACAGUUCAGGUUGUGAGAUAUUUACAGAAUAUAUUAAAAGAUGACAGUCUACAUGUUACCUGUGAUGAUAUAGGAAUUAUUACACCUUAUAGAAAACAGGUUGAAAAGAUUCGUUUGUUGGUAGAUAAACUAGGAGUCGAUGAGGUCAAGGUCGGGUCAGUGGAAGAAUUUCAAGGUCAGGAGCGGCAGGUCAUCAUUAUCUCUACUGUUAGGUCUAAUGAAGAUUUGAUAGGAUUUGACAAGAAGCAUACUAUAGGGUUUUUAAGUAACCCAAAACGUUUCAAUGUGGCAAUAACAAGAGCUCAAGCUCUACUAAUAGUUAUAGGAAAUCCCUAUGUUUUAAUGCAGGACCAGUACUGGAAGAGUUUAAUUAAUUACUGUGUAGAGAUUGGUGCAUAUGUUGGCUGUGAUAUACCACCUACCUCAUGUGAUCUCUGAUUAAAUAAUACAAAAUUGUAUACUUAAUGAUUCAGUCUUUCACAAAGUGAUAAACAUUUAUCACAAGUACAUGUACAUGUAGUUAUGGACAAUAAGCGGUUUGUUCAGUUGAAAAUUCAACAUAUGAUGACAUAUGAUAUAUAACCUUAAACAUGCUAUACAUGGAUUGUCGACUUGUCCAGCAUUGAAUUUAGUACUGUCCAUUGUAAGUAUGUGGGUUUUUAAAUACCAAACAAUCAGCAGUAGACAGUAUCGGGUCUGGUCAAACUACAGAGAUGAGAUCUAUAAUGGUUGACAAAGGACAGUCAUUAUUAUUAUUGAUGACAUUCUUGGAGUUACAACAUGUGAAGCCUUCUUUGAAAACUGCCGAAAUAAAUAUUUACUAGAUUGUUUGACAAGAACAGUUUAUUCUUGCAUAGCAGACUGACGUUUCCAUUAGUUUUACACAUGAUGGAAAUUACAUCUGGCAUGAGGGGUGCCUUUAGUGAAUCGCGUGCCAUUCAAUAACAUCACUAGCGCUUAUUAUGAAUGAACCGUGUUAAAUUGACGUCAUUUCGGUGCAUCUAAGAUGGGAACUAUGUGCUUAGGAUGACGUCAUUUCGCUCUUAUUAAAGUUCAUAUUAAAAUUCAUACGCUAUUGUAAGAAAAUAAUUAUGGAUGAAAUGACAUUGAUUUCCAUGAACAAAAUAUCUUAUUAUGGUAGAGCUAAACCAUUUUAAAUAUGAAAUAACAUAGUAGACUAUUCUAAAAUAUCUGACAUGUUUGUGGUUCAGAUCGAAAUAUCCGUCCCUCAGGUACCUCUUGGCAAGCCUCAUUACUGCCCAAUGAGUGAGGUACCCUCGGGACGGAUUUUCUGAUCCCAGCCGUAAAAUUUGAAAGAUCUUAUAAUUCUAGAGAUAUGGAGUACUAUUUCUGUGUAAUACUAGUAUUUAGCAGUUACAUCACUGACAGAUAUGUAAUGUUAGUUAAAGGAUGUAAAUGUGUAACUGACAAAAUAUACUGUAGAAUGCUGCAAAAUACAUGUAUACUGUUAAUCUUUAAAAAAAACAACAUAUUUUUGUUUUUGCCUUCGCUGCUGUCCGUCCAUCUGUCUGCACAAACCCAGAGGUACUUGUGUGACUUGGAGGUCAAUGGGAAACAGAACAUUUUCUUUGAUUCUAUUCAUUUGGUUCUUACUUUAGUGUCUUUUUUUAGACCCUGUGUGACUUAAAAUGGCUAAAAAGAUCAAAGGAAAAGUCACAUAAGUACCAUUUCGUAAGUACGCUUGUUUGUCCAUCUGUCUGUCCGCAUUCAGUUUGUACGGCUUUCACAGGUCAAACUGCUGAUUUCAAUGUAACUUCACAGACGUGAUCAGUACCAUCCCUAGUUGUGCAUAUUUCUGGCACAUUCCACUUUGCUGCACAGAAUGGCAGCUAGAGAUAUAAAUAGAUAAAUAUUUUCUGACUUUCACAGGUCAAACUGCUAGCGGAUUUAAAUGAAAGAUCACAUGAGUGAUCAGUACCAUCCCUUGUUCAUACUGCCCACAAAUUUCGCCUCACUGCACAUACUGGCUCCCAGAGCUAUGAAUAGUAAAAUAAUCUUGUCUGGCUUUCACAGGUCAAACUGCUAGCGGGAUUUCAAUUAAACUUCACAGGAGUGAUCACUACCAUCCCUAGUUGUGCAUAUUUUCUGCACAUUCUGCUCUGUUGCACGAAAUGCCCCCCAGAGCUAUAAAUAGAAAAAUCUUGUCCUGCUUUCAAAGCUCAAGUGCUGGCGGGAUAUUGCCCAAAAUUCACAGGAGUAAUAUGAGUACCAUGCCUUGUUUUGUGAGACAUCUUUUUUUGUGACAAAAACCCCUUCUAGUUAUCCCACGCCGAAAAGGCAGCGGGGGAUAUAGUAAUAGUCUCUGUCCGACCUUCCGUCCAACAUUUUUGUCCGGAGCAUAUCUCUAAAUGUAUUUGAGUUAUCAACUUGAAACUUCAUAGGUGGAUAGACCUCAUUGAGGUGGAGUGCAGUGCACAAGAAUGAUAACUCUACCCUGCAUAAUUUUUGAGUUAUUGCCCUUUGUUAUUUUUCAAAAUUGAUUUUUGUCCAGAGCAUAACUCAAAAAGCCUAUGAGAUAUCAACAUGAAACUUCAUAGGUGCAUAGAUCUCACUCAGGAGGUGUGCAGUGCACAAGAAUGAUAACUCUACCUUUCAUAAUUUUUGAGUUAUUGCCCUUUGUUAUUUUUCAUACUUAAUUUUUCACCGGAGUGGAGCAUAACUCAAAAAGUGUUUGAGAUAUCAACAUGAAAUGUCAUAGGUGGAUAGAUCUUAUUGAGGAGGAAUGCUGUGCGCAAGAAUGAUAACUCUUCCCUAUACAAUUUUUGAGUUAUUGCCCUUUGUUCUUUUUCAUGCUAUUUUGUCCUGAGCUUAUCUCAAAAAGUAUUUGAGGUAUCAACUUGACACUUCAUAGCUGGAUGGAUCUCAUUGAGGAGGAGUGCAGUGCACAAGAAUGAUAACUCUACCCUGCAUAAUUAGCUCGACUAUUCGAUAAGAAUAAGUAGAGCUAUUGCAGUCACCCGAGCGUCGGCGUCGGCGUAACCACUUAUGUUAAAGUUUUUGUAAUAGUUCAAAUAUUUUCAAAGUCCAUAGACAUAUGGCUUUGAAACUUUGCACACUUGUUCACCAUCAUGACCCCAACCUGUAGACAGGAGGAGGUAACUCUAUCAAGCAUUUUGACAGAAUUAUGCCCCUUUUUCGACUUAGAAUUUACGUUAAAGUUUUUGUAAUAGUUAAAAUAUUUUCAAAGUCCAUUGACAUAUGGCUUUGAAACUUUGCACACUUGUUCACCAUCAUGACCCCAACCUGUAGACAGGAGGAGGUAACUCUAUCAAGCAUUUUGACAGAAUUAUGCCCCUUUUUCGACUUAGAAUUUACGUUAAAGUUUUUGUAAUAGUUCAAAUAUUUUCCAAGUCCAUUGACAUAUGGCUUUGAAACUUUGCACACUUGUUCAACAUCCUAAUCCCAAUCUGUAGACAGGAGGAGGUAACUCUAUCAAGCAUUUUGACAGAAUUAUGCCCCUUUUUCGACUUAGAAUUUACGUUAAAGUUUUUGUAAUAGUUCAAAUAUUUUCAAAGUCCAUUGACAUAUGGCUUUGAAACUUUGCACACUUGUUCACCAUCAUGACCCCAACCUGUAGACAGGAGGAGGUAACUCUAUCAAGCAUUUUGACAGAAUUAUGCCCCUUUUUCGACUUAGAAUUUACGUUAAAGUUUUUGUAAUAGUUCAAAUAUUUUCCAAGUCCAUUGACAUAUGGCUUUGAAACUUUGCACACUUGUUCACCAUCAUGAUCCCGACCUGUAGACAGGAGGAGGUAACUCUAUCAAGCAUUUUGACAGAAUUUUGCCCCUUUUUCGACUUAGAAUUUACGUUAAAGUUUUUGUAAUAGUUAAAAUAUUUUCAAAGUCCACUGACAUAUGGCUUUGAAACUUUGCACACUUGUUCACCAUCAUUACCCCAACCUGUAAACAGGAGGAGGUAACUGUAUCAAGCAUUUUUUUACUAUCAAGCACUUAGAAUAGUCGAGCGUUGCUGUCCUACCGACAGCUCUUGUUUUUUAGUUAUUGCCCUUUGUUAUUUUUCAAAAUUAGUUUUUGUCCAGAGCAUAACUCAAAAAGCCUUUGAGAUAUCAACAUGAAACUUCAUAGGUGCAUAGAUCUCACUCAGGAGGUGUGCAGUGCACAAGAAUGAUAACUCUACCUUUCAUAAUUUUUGAGCUAUUGCCCUUUGUUAUUUUUCAUACCUAAUUUUUCACCCGAGUGGAGCAUAACUCAAAAGUGUUCGAGAUGUCAACAUGAAAUGUCAUAGGUGGAUAGAUAUUAUUGAGGAGGAAUGCUGUGCACAAGAAUGAUAACUCUUCCCUAUACAAUUUUUGAGUUAUUCCUCUUUGUUCUUUUUCAUAAUAUUUUGUCCGGAGCUUAUCUCAAAAAGUAUUUGAGGUAUCAACUUGGAACUUCAUAGCUGGAUGGAUCUCAUUGAGGAGGAGUGCAGUGCACAAGAACGAUAACUCUACCCUGCAUAAUUGUUUACUUAUUGCCCUUUGUUAUUUUUCAAAAUUAGUUUUUGUCCAGAGCAUAACUCAAAAGGCCUUUGAGAUAUCAUUAUGAAACUUCAUAGGUGCAUAGAUCUAACUCAGGAGGUUUGCAGUGCACAAGAAUGAUAACUCUACCUUUUAUAAUUUUUGAGUUAUUCCCCUUUGUUAUUUUUCAUACUUAAUUUUUCAAAGUAUUUGAGGUAUCAACUUGAAACUUCAUAGGUGGAUAGAUUUUACUGAGGAGGGAUGCAGCACACAAGAAUGAUAACCUACCCUGCAUUAUUUUUCAGUAAUUGCCCUUUGUUAUUUUCAGCAAUCAGUAUUCACAUAGGUUUCAAAUCUGUAAUCACUAUAGCCAUCAGUUUUCAUUACCAAAAGACCUUAAAAUGGAGUUAUUCUGCUCUACUACAUAUACAUUCUUCCAAUGAGCAAACACAUUCGGCCGGGGAUGGCCAUGUUGACAUGGCUCUUGUUUAAAAUUGAAUUGCUCAAGCAUUCUUAAUCAUUUGUAUCUGAACCUUUGACCUGCUGAAACUGAAAAGUGCUCAGCCUUUGCCACCAGUAUAGGUCCAGGCCUGCCUGUACAUCCGUGCAUUUACCCGACCAGGCUCUCUAUUGUUAGCAACUCAUUUAUUGAAAUCCCUGGUAUAAUAGACUGAUCCAGAUUCAAAGGGCAAAUCCAUUAUACGAACUCGGCAGAUUAAGCGUUAAAAUAAGAUUUUCAUGAAAUAUUAUCAAAUUUUAACAGUCAUCUUUCAUGUUUCUUUUCAUACUCAUAUUUUGUUUUUUUAUCAUGAUAGUUUUUAUUUUUAUAUGUUUUAUUAUGUUUACUUUACUGGUUGUAAAGAAAAUAAGUUACAAAAUAAAGAAAUAAAAAUGUCUUUGAA